AUGUAUUUAAGUAUCAUUAUCUUACCUUUAUUAGGGUCUAUAGUUGCUGGCUUUUUUGGUAGAAAAGUUGGAGUUAGCGGUGCACAAUUAAUUACCUGUUUAAGUGUAAUAAUCACUACAGGUUUAGCUAUAUUAGCUUUUUUCGAGGUUGGUUUUAAUAAUAUCCCUGUGACUAUAAAUUUAUUUAGAUGAAUAGAUAGUGAGUGAUAUAACAUUCUUUGAGGUUUUCAAUUUGAUAGUUUAACAGUGGCAAUGUUAAUACCUGUAUUAAUAAUAAGUUCUUUAGUUCACAUAUAUUCAAUUUCGUACAUGAGCCAUGAUCCUCAUAACCAAAGAUUUUUUAGUUAUUUAAGUUUAUUUACUUUUAUGAUGAUAAUUCUUGUAACAGCGAAUAAUUAUUUAUUAAUGUUUGUCGGUUGGGAAGGUGUUGGAGUUUGUUCAUACCUUUUAGUUAGUUUUUGAUUUACUAGAAUAGCUGCAAAUCAAAGUUCUAUGUCUGCCUUCUUAACUAAUAGAGUAGGGGAUUGUUUUUUAACUAUAGGUAUGUUCGUCGUGCUAUGAACUCUAGGUAAUUUAGAUUAUGCAACAGUAUUUUCAUUAGCCCCUUAUAUUAAUAGUGAUAUAGCUACUAUUAUAGGUAUAUGUUUACUAAUAGGUGCUAUGGCUAAAAGUUCUCAAGUGGGUUUGCACGUUUGACUACCUAUGGCGAUGGAAGGUCCUACUCCUGUUUCUGCAUUAAUACACGCUGCCACGAUGGUAACUGCAGGUGUAUAUUUAUUAAUGCGUAGUUCACCAUUAAUUGAAUAUAGUAGUACUGUCUUACUAUUAUGUUUAUGAUUAGGUGCAAUAACUACUGUAUUUAGUUCUCUUAUUGGUUUAUUCCAACAAGAUAUUAAAAAAGUUAUAGCUUAUUCCACAAUGAGUCAAUUGGGGAUGAUGGUUAUAGCUAUAGGUUUAUCUUCUUACAAUGUAGCUUUAUUUCAUUUAAUCAAUCAUGCAUUUUACAAAGCACUCUUAUUUUUAGGAGCUGGUAGCGUUAUACACGCUGUAGCUGAUAACCAAGACUUUAGAAAGUUUGGGGGGUUAAAAAAUUAUUUACCUUUAACAUACUCUGUUAUGUUAAUAGCAAGCCUAAGUUUAGUGGCUUUCCCAUACAUGACUGGUUUUUAUAGUAAAGAUUUUAUUUUAGAGUCUGCUUAUGGACAAUUUAGUUUUUCAGGGGUAGCUGUAUAUAUCAUAGCUACUAUUGGUGCAAUAUUUACAACUUUAUACUCUGUUAAAGUAUUGUAUUUAACUUUUUUAGCCAACCCUAAUGGUUAUAUCCAUUUUUAUAGACAUUUCAUAUUGUAUGAAAGACUAUAUGUAUAUGUAAGUUAUACGGGAAAAGAAGAAUUCUAUUUGCCUAAGCAUAUGUCAAAAGAAAUCAAUAAUUUGCCGAGAUCAGUAUCAGGUGAGGGUGGAUUCUUUUUAAGUUUACCUUUAGUUAUAUUGGCCUUAUUUUCUAUAUUCUUUGGUUUUAUUACUAAAGAUAUAUUUAUAGGUUUAGGAUCUAACUUUUUUAUAGAUAAUAGCUUAUUUAUUCAUCCUAUUCAUGAGAUAAUGAUAGAUACUGAAUUUGCUGUACCUACAUUAUUUAAACUAUUGCCUUUUAUAUUUACUAUAUCUUUUAGUUUAAUAGCUUUAGUUUUAUCUGAAAAAUACCCAAACUUAGUUGUUCAUUUUAAAUUAUCUAGAUUAGGUUAUAAUCUUUUUGGUUUCUUUAAUCAAAGAUUUUUAGUUGAAUUAUUUUAUAAUAAAUAUAUUACAAAUUUAGUUUUAGAUUUAGGUGGACAAAUUACUAAGAUUUUAGAUAAAGGUAGUAUAGAGCUAUUAGGACCUUUUGGUUUAGAAAAAGUCUUAAUUAAAUGAAGUAAAGAUAUAGCAUCUUUAAGUACAAGUAUUGUAACAAAUUAUGCUUUAUUUAUUUUAGUUGGAUUUAUUUUAUAUGUAUUUACAUUUAUUAGUUUGUUAGAAGGAGGUUUGGAUUUGAAUUUAUCUUUAUUCAUUUUAUUACUUUCUUUAACAUCUUCUACAUCUUCUUCUGAUUCAAAGGAAGGAAAAAUGAUCAAGAAAGCUGUAGUUAGCACCAAAAAUAAAAAUAUACGAUAA